AAUCAGCCACCCCGGGGGCCAGGCCUCACUUGCCUCAGGAAGCCUCAGCCUGCCAGCACCUGUCCCAGCUCCCAGCCCAGCUAUGGCAUCCCCGCUGCCCUUCCGGACCUUGGCCUUGAACCUGAUUCUGCUGACUGUCCUGGCCCUGGGGGCUGCAGACUUCAACAUCUCAAGCGUUUCUGGUCUGCUGUCCCCGGCGCUGACGGAGAGCCUGCUAGUUGCUUUGCCCCCCUGUCACCUCACAGGGGGCAAUGCCACGCUGAUGGUCCGGAGAGCCAAUGACAGCAAAGUGGUGAAAUCCAGCUUCGUGGUGCCUCCGUGCCGUGGGCGCCGGGAGCUGGUGAGCGUGGUGGACAGUGGGGCUGGCUUCACCGUCACCCGGCUCAGUGCGUACCAGGUGACAAACCUCGCGCCGGGAACCAAAUACUACGUUUCCUACCUAGUGACGAAGGGGGCAUCCACUGAGUCCAGUAGAGAGAUCCCGAUGUCCACGCUUCCUCGGAGGAAGAUGGAAUCCAUUGGGCUGGGGAUGGCCCGGACGGGGGGCAUGGUAGUCAUCACGGUGCUGCUCUCUGUUGCCAUGUUCCUUCUGGUCGUGGGCUUCAUUAUCGCCCUGGCACUGGGCGCCCGAAAGUGAGGAGGCCCUCACCAGGCAGCAGGCCUCCAGAGGGUCCGCGACGCUAUCCAUGUCCCCAGCCCCCGGCUUUGCCCUCUGUGCCUGCCUCCUUUCCUGAAAACGCUGCCUGCUCCCAGACCUCAACCUGGAGGCUUUGGCCUUUUCAGUGCCUUCACCUCCCCUCCCUGCCCCCUCUCACUGGAGCCCUUUCCUCCCUCUGCCCCUCCCCUUGUCCCCAGUGCCUCACCUUCUCCCCACACUUCCUGUCAUCCCCUCACCCCCACUCUUGUCAGAAUUGGCGCUGCUUCCACUUCCCCUCUUUAAUCUCCCCCUCCCUCAACAGUUCACCCCUCCCGCAGUGAUGGAAGUCUCCAGAAUAAAGUCUCAUGCCGCCUCUGC